GUAUCUCUUCCAUAAUGUCCCGGCCACCGCGACCUCACCAGCCAUCCUACCCUCCUCCGCCGUCUCGGUCCCAGCCCACCUUUUCCUUCUAUUCCCUCUCGAGUGCGCUUCGAUCUCCUCGAAACCCUAGCGUUCUUGAUCUCGAGAUCUCCGAUUCCUCUUCGUUUUUUUGGUUUGAUCGAUCUCGACCUCUUCCUUCUCCUCCUGUUUCAGAGGGAGAUCUCGGCGUCGGCGAUGGGCAUGGCCGGUUCCCGGUGAUGUGAUGUCUCUUUCUUGGAUCUUUCUUGGCCAGUUAGAUUCGAUCGAACCCAUGUCGACGUCAAAGAAGGUGAUUACGAGAGAGGAGUGGGAAAGAAAGCUGAAAGAUGUGAAGAUUAGGAAGGAGGACAUGAAUAAGCUGGUGAUGAACUUUCUUGUCACAGAAGGUUAUGUCGAGGCUGCAGAGAAGUUCCGAAUUGAAUCUGGAACCGAACCAGACAUAGAUCUUGCAACAAUAACCGAUCGCAUGGCUGUGAAGAAGGCUGUGCAGUCUGGCAAUGUGAAGGAUGCAAUUGAGAAAGUCAAUGAUUUGAACCCUAUGAUACUGGAUACAAAUCCCCAGCUAUAUUUCCAUCUACAACAACAGAGAUUGAUUGAGUUGAUUCGCAUUGGAAAAGUAGAGGAGGCUUUGGAGUUCGCUCAGGAAGAACUUGCACCAAGGGGCGAGGAAAAUCAAAGUUUUUUGGAGGAGCUGGAGAGGACAGUAGCUCUUUUGGCAUUUGAAGAUGUAAAGAACUGCCCUUAUGGUGAGCUUUUAGAUGUGUCGCAACGCUUGAAAACUGCAAGUGAAGUGAAUGCUGCCAUACUUACGAGCCAAAGUCAUGAAAAAGACCCAAAACUUCCAAGCUUGCUGAAGAUGCUGAUAUGGGCUCAAAACCAGUUGGAGGAGAAGGCUGCUUAUCCACGAAUCAACAACUUAUCCACAGCCGUGCUCGAAGACCCAACCAUUUGAAUAUAUUGAAAUUUCUUUGUUUGUAACUAGGUCAGUUCUGUGUUAUUGUGUAUCAUGCAUCAAGAUGAUGCCGGGGCAUCAUGUGAAUAGCUUCAUACAGACCUUGUCUGUUGCUUUCUAGAAUUUAGCUUCCGCAGAAUGUUUGAAUACAGACUUUGUUAAAUUCUUACAGGCACACAUCGUGAACUAGUUUUUCUUUCCUAUCAUGCAGAGAUUUUUGAUUCAGUUUUCGCAUU